AUGGACGGGACGGUCACGGUCCCGACGGGGCUGGGAUCGGGAUCAAGCACAACAAAACUGGUCUCCGUAAAUCAAGUGAAACUAAGACAUGGUAGUCCUCAUUUACUACCACAAUCACAUGAAGAAAUUAAUAUCUAUGAUAGAAAUAUAUUAAAAGAUAACAAUGAUCAACUAAUAACAGACAUAUACAAUAACGAUUAUAUUUCACCAGUAUCGGUUAUUAGUGAAAGAAUGGUGCCGCCAUUGUUAAUUAAUUUAAAACCACAACGGAAUCCAAAUUUUCUAAACUCAAAUACAAUAUCAGUAAAUGAAUAUCAACAACUACAACGAAAUCCAAGUCUAACACAAUUAAAUCGAAGAAUAAAUGAUGUACAAUUAUCUCCAUUAUUAAGUGGUGUUAAAGAACAUGCGAUACCUACCAACUCAAUACAUUUAACUCCAAAACAAUUUGUACGAAAACGUAUUGAGAGUUUAAAAUCACCGGUACCUUCUACUGUUCCACAAAAUAAUUGGGAUAGAAACAAAAUUCUAUUACAAUCCGAACGAUUUCCAGUUCGAAAUGAAAGACUUCGCACCUCAAACUCUACUUCUAAAGUGCCAGAUGCAGUAACACACAAAAGACAUCCUUCGACUAGCCGUCCACGAGCGCAAACUCAACAACUACCAGCACCAACAGCUUCAAAUACAGCUCUUCUCAAUCGUAUCAGAAGAGAGCGUAAUCCACAUGCAAACCCUCCUUUACCCUUUAUUAAUGGGCCAAGUUCAACACCGAAAGCAAAAAUGUUUGCUAGUGUGCAAGCGCCAGCAUCCUCAGCGAAAGAAGACUAUAUAAACGAUAUUAACAUAAAUGGAUUUGAUAAUAAUGAUGUUGGUGACGCAGAUGAACCCAUCUAUGUAAUCGCUCGAUAUGAUCCAUUGAUAUCUAACAAACCUUCCAGAGAAGAAAUUCAUCGGGCUGUUGAAAACCAACUAUCACGAAAUGCUGAUUUAUCACCAAAUAAAAUUGUUAUCGAGUACAACAAACCGCCACAACAUCCACAAAUGAAUAAUCGCUCUCAACAACGAAAUCAAUUUCAUCCACAGCAAUAUCAACAAAUUCAUUCGUCAUUCCCACAAAAACCAGCAUCUCUCAGUAUUGCCAUUCAAUCAUUACCGAACAAUUACCGUCCACAACAAAAUAUAAGACCGGUGAAUAAUUUACUCGCCAUACAACACCAACCACAAUACCAGUAUCAACGUUUUCAACCAAUCAGAGCUCAACGACAAGCCUACUCAACAACGUCUUAUUUUAUGCCACCAAAUACAUUUAAAACUAUUCCAGGACAAAUGAACAAUAAUACCACAAAACCAAGUAUUUUUGAGUCGAAAAAUAUGUCAUCUACUGAUGACGCUGCCAACAUAAAUCGUAUCACUGUGCGAUCCUUAACGCCUGUGCGAGCAAUGCAAUCUGACCGACCAUUUAUACCAGAUCGACCGCAUACUGUCCCUCAAGUGCCAGAAAUGUUUUCACCUGCACCAGCUCAAGAUACUCCUGAACUUAGUACAGAAAGUAUAUUCAAUAUGUUGAAACGGUUUAAUAUUUCUUAUACACCUUCCCCUGUUCCCGCUUACCCAGUACCACACUUAUCAUCAGAAGUCUCACAAAAAUACCCUGAACCAAUUGUCAUCGAACAAUUGCCACCAGGUCUUUCUCAACAAAUGAUGCAGCAGCAAACAGCAUCAAUUCGUCAAACAAAUCAAUUAUCAUCUCAAACUCAACCGUUUAAGCAACGUGCGAUAUCUCCACAACAUCGUUCGCCAUUAACAAUACCCAGAAGUCAUUCUCCAUUUCUUCCACAACAACAAGUUUCGCAGCCACAAUUUUCUCCUAAUCAGCGAUUUCAGCAGACGGGAGUACAAAAAAUAGCCCACAAGCAGCCACAAAUGUCAUCGGCCACUAACGAUAUAUCUUCGAUUGAGUAUGAUCAUGAAAUGAUAAGAAGAGUACAGCAACAGAAUCUACCACGAAUUCCUCAACAACAGAAUCUACCACGAAUUCUUCAACAACAGAAUCUACCACGAAUUCCUCAACAACAGAAUCUACCACGAAUUCCUCAACAACAGAGUCCACCACGAAUUUCUCAGCAACAGAAUCUACCGCGAAAUCCUCAGCAACAUGCGCCACGUAUGCCUGCUCCUCAACAACAGCAACAAAAUCUUCGACCGCAAUAUUCACAUGUUCAACCCAAAACUCAGCCGGUUCAAGUACAACCAGUGCCAGUUCCUAGGAGAGCGGCGCCCCCACUUUAUUGACAUUAGUCAUUUUCAACAAAAAUAAGAUGUCUUGUAACAUCUUGUGUUGUUUUAAAUCAAAAACUUUAGUAAUGGCAAAAAAAUCUUCAGUUAUUAUCGUUUUGUUUCUUAUUUUAAGAUUAGAUAAAAUGUUGAAUAGUUUUCUACGCCGUUUCAAGUACAAAUUUUUAAAGUUAUAAAACGAACAGUUUUACCUAAUGGACAUUAUAUACAAUGAGUACGUUCACGUAGUUUCGUUAAUUUAAUUAUGAACACAAUGUAUAUGCUUUAAUACUUCAUGUUAUAUAAUUAUUGCAUGGUCAUUUUUUGCCGUCUUUAUCGCUCAGAUCAUCGCACACUUCAAAAUUUUGAAGUGCGAUUUGAGUCCGGGGGAAUACGAUAUUCGGAAUAAGCAUGAUCGAUUGUCUAUGUGUCCAUGAUUUUUAGUACGACGUACUUCGAAAAUUAAGUUAAAAAGAGCUUUUAAAAUUUUGAAAAAGAUUCGAGCGAGAAUUCUAUCCACGUCCAAGAAAAUAUGUUUUCUUAUCGUCUGUCU